AUGUUUAAUAUCUGUUCAUCUCAUUCAUCCCACAGGGAACACUACAUCGGAGAGUAUCUGCUCCUCAAAACCAUCAAAAAGGGGCCGUCUUCGGAGGUGCGUUGGGCUCAGCACAUACUAACCGGGGCACAUGUGGUCAUAAAGGCUAUUAGGCGGAAGGGCAUAUCUAGAUUUUUUGAGGAAGUGCACUGCUUCAAAAGGGUGAGUCACCCCAACAUAACCAAACUCUUUGAGGUGCUUGUCACCCCUGACAAGUAUUUUUUAGUAAUGGAGCACGUUGGGGGAGGAAACCUCCUAGAAUACCUGGAGGAAAACGGCGCAAUGGACGAGGGAGAAGCCCGCACCAUGUUCCGGCAGGUAGUAUCCGCGGUCCAACACUGCCACCAGAAAGGCGUGAUCCACAGGGACCUGACACCAGACAACAUCCUCAUAGAGGUUGAUGACACUAUCAAGUUAUCCGACUUUCAUUUUAGCACGCAGGUGAGAGAAGAUACGCAGUACACCUUCUGUGGCUCCAUAGAUUAUUCGGCCCCAGAAAUUUUAAGGAGGAACAUCUAUGAUGGCCGAAAAGUGGACGUGUGGAGUUUGGGGGUAUUAUUAUACAAGAUACUAACAGGGGUGACACCGUUUGCGGGGGACAACAUUGCUGAGGUGAAGAGUCAGAUACUGAGUGGAAACUACCAGGUACCAAGCUUUAUCAGGGGGGUUCAAAGACUUCUAAGAAAAUUACUCACUGUAGACCCUAACAAGAGACCAACCAUGGAAGAUGUGAUGAAAGACCCGUGGGUCAACAAGGGCCACAAGAAAAUUCUGAAGCCAUACAGGGAGCCGCCAAGGGGUGAGUUGGACCCGCAAAUAAUGAAAACGAUGCUUAGCCUCGGCUGUAUACCCGACUACAUCCAAGAAUCACUAGCACAAAGAAAAUUCGAUCAUUUGAUGGGCACAUACCUGAUCCUCAGAACGAUGAAAACAAAGAUGCCAGGCCGCAAAAUCAGGGUGAAGCACCACGAUCCAGGUACUCUUGAGCCUCAUUGGGAAGGGCCUUUCCAGGUCAUUCUAAGCACCCCAACUGCUGUCAAAGUCAGAGGAAAGAAGCUCUGGAUUCACCGCACACAAAUCAAGAAGGCUGAAGACGCAUCAGGACAAUGGACUUUAGAGCUCACAGCAGACCCACUCAAGGUAUAUCAGGGUUUAAUUGCUUUAGAAAGAAAUCUCAAGAUCUGUGAAUUAAUUGAAAUUUACAUUAUGGAGUUAGAAGAUUCAGUAAUUGAAGGAGCCAUGUUAAGCUUUGGGAAUUUUGAAGAGUUGUUGACUUAG